ACAAUUUUUGAAUAUAUGUUACUACCGUUCUGACCGGGAACCGCGAGCGGUGGAAAUUCUAACUGGAUACCUUAAUCGUGGAGUUGACGUCGAUGUGACAUCCCUAUAUGAAGCAAGCGCUCUCAAUCUCGUCUGUUUGACAAACUCAACACCAAACGCCAUUGACAUAGUUCGUUUGCUACUGGAGCACGGUGCGGAUCCGAAUAAAAGAUCUUUAGACUCCAGCACGCCGCUUCAUAAGCUCAUAUGGAUUAAUCACAGUGAAACUCUAAUUCCGUUGAUGUCUCUUCUCAUCCAGUACGGGGCGGAUGUCAACGCUCGUCAAGAGAAUGACGAGAAUUCUUUGCAUAAAUUGCUACGGGUGAAUCAGACUCCCGACUUGCUCCGCGCAGUUCGUUUAUUAGUCGAAAACGGCAUCAGAGUAAACGAAAGUGGAGGUAGAGCCAAGGGAUUUGGAUCAUCGUUACACAUUUUGUGCGAAACCAAUCAGACGUCUCACCUUCUCAGUGUGGCGCGCUACUUGGUUGAAAGUGGAUCUAUCGUCAAUUUGAGGGAUGACAAAAACAACACUGUUCUUCAUCUUCUUAGCCGCUACAAUCAGACAGAUCACUUGCUACCCGUAAUACGCUUCCUUGUGGAGGCCGGAUUUACUGACGUCGACAUCAAGGCCAAACUGCGCUACACGUUUUGUGGCGUGCAGACGUCGGAAACUGUUAAUAAUUCACUGUCGGCUCUGUCCCUCGUCUGCAAAUACAAUCAGACGGACCAACUGCUGACAGCGAUGAAAUUAUUAAUCCCUUUGGAGGAUGUUAAUCAGACAGAUUAUUGCGGAAGUCAAGCUGCCCAUUUGUGCGCCCAGUAUCAGAAGGAACACAUCAUCAAAUCGCUGGACAUUUUGGCCGAUAAUGGUGCGGAUCUUGCGUCGACCAACUCAGACGGCGAGACAAUUUUGCAUCUUGCGUGCCAGUUUGCCGAUAAGCUCGAUCGUUUUUCGUUGGUUUCUUCACUUGACAAAGAACUGAUACGGAAGAUGAUGGAUUUAACAGACGUCGUUGGCAGGACUCCGCUUCACCUCGCCGCCAAAAGCGGGUGCACGAAAACUGCACAAUUCUUGGCCGGAUUUGCUGGUGUCCGAAUUUUGGAUACUUUCGGUCGAUGCUUUGCAGAUUAUUUGAAAUACUUUUUACUGGAGAAAGGAACUCCGCUUUGUAUCUGCUGUCGAGGAGGCAGCUACCUCAACAUUGCUUCACUUUACCAAAAUUAUUUUUUUAGGUCGACUGUUCAAUCGAUUAGCGCUCCUUUCUCCAUCGCCAAGAUAGAGGGAUCCAUUCCGAUACAAAUUGAUCAUGUCUACGUGUUCAACGCGAUAGAUAAAUACACUAAAACACCAGCAAGCAAUCGAUGGGAAAACUUACUUCGGAUUUGGAAUAACCCGAAAAAGAAACUGAAUUUUGCUAUGGUCACCGCUGUUGCAGAAUCGGGGAUGCGAUGCUGCCACUCAUGCAUCCAGCGUAAUUGCGUCUGGUGCCGUCUCCAGUUUUCCAUUAGUGGUUACAUCCAUUGCUUGAUAGAAGAAGUUGAGAAACUGGACGAACGUUUUGCCACCCAACGACUCAUCUUCUACGGAAGCAGCGCCGAACGGACCAAACUCUUUCAGCUGGACGAAUUCGACUUCCUCGUUGUGUUAUCUCACUUUGUCGAAGAGGAAGCAGAGAGCGGCCAUCGCGUCAUUUAUGUUGGUGAAGGCCAGUCUGCGUUUCUAAGCCACGGAAACGGCCAACUCGGAAUCUCAUCAGGCAGAGCUGUUUAUUAUUUCUACCAACUGCUUCGAGCGGCCACCAAACGCGUCGAUUGCUUCAACAUCCACGUUCGCGACAUCACCUUUGGAGAGACAUGCACGACACUUCAUCUAACGUUUUGUGGUAACGAGCAAAUUAUUCCCAUCAGUAUCGAUAUCACCAUUGGUGUCUCUCGGGGUGUCUUUCGCUCUUCUUCGCUACAACCAGCAAAGCAAGCAGAAAGCACUGUAAAGCUUCCUGACUAUUGGUGUCACUCCAAUUUGGACGAAGAAUUCGAGUACUUAGUUCCAUUUCGAGACAAGUGCGGGCCGCCGGAGUGGCAACUGUCUUACCCAAUUCUAGAGAGAGAUACAAUUUUAGGAACUGGUGACGAGGUUCGCUUGUGUUAUCGCAUUUUGAAGCUUUUGGUUAUGUUGUGUCAGCGACGCAAUGCAUCCAUCACGGAUGAGAAAUUGUUGCCCCAGAAGACAAGGCCAUCGACUUACUGUCUGAAAACCUGCCUUUUCCGCUACAUGAAAUUGAACAAUCCACCUUGGAAUGAAGAAGAUAUGAUAUCGCAUUGCAUAGCAAUCAUGGAAGUUUUGCUCACUCAUCCCGGAGUUCAUCUCAAAUCUUUCUUUAAUCCUUUAUUAAACGUUUCUUACAUUGAUCAUGAAGCCUUGGCUGUUUGCUCGAAAAUUUGUGAUCGCCUUCGUUCAUGCUUAAAUUGAAAUGAAAAACAAACUAUAUCGUUGAAAUCA